UUGUCUCUUCUUCUUUCUUCUUCUUUAAUCCUCUUUCUCGAUCAAAUCAUCAUGCAUAAAUCCAAAAGAAACCCGUCAUUCUCCUCCACUCUCCUCGAUGAAAUCUACAAUUCCAUCGAUCCUAAAACCCAAAAAACUCAAUCUUUUGUCGGCUCUGUUAACACUACUACCAAAAAACAGAGCAUUGUGUCAAGAUCGGUUCCUGACCGUAAGAUCCACCGUGACCGGUUCUUUGGCUCUGUGUCGUCUUCCUCUGAUUCCAACUCCAGCAUCUUCUCUUCUUCCGACACCGAACUUACUCACGGUAAGAAGGUAACUUCUUCCAGACCGUUGUGUUUCGGCCCUUCCAAGUCAAAACCAAGGAAAACAGAGGACAAAACUCUGUACCACCAAAACAGAGCAUCACGAGUGUACGACGACUACGAUUACUCCUCCGACGUCCCCAAAUUCACGAGACACGACGAGAACUGGGAAAAUAACAGAUUCAGAAGAUCUGCAAAGAGCUCCGGAAACCCCAAGAAACCCAAAACUCCAGCUUCACCAGCCGGAAGAAUCGUCAACUUCAUAAAUUCGCUGUUCAGCAACAACAGUUCAAAACAGUCCAAUGCUGUUAAAAGCUAUCCGAGGAAGACGAGCUACGACGACUCUGCUUUCGUUAGGAAAACAUCGAAUGAUUAUCACUCAUCAUCUACAACGUGUUCUUCAGCUUCGUCCUUCUCGAGGUCUUGUAUGAACAAAAGCUACGAGAAGUCAUCUGAGCGUAUCAAACGAAGCGUUAAGUUUUCUCCGGUCAAUGUGAUCGUCCCCGAGAUCUUUACAAACAAAGAAGAUGAUUAUUUCAGUAACAUGAGAAAGUCUGUGAAGAAGAAUGUGGAAGAUGGAGGGAGGAGAUCAGUGGAAGAGAUUGCGAGAGAGUUUUUGAGAGAUUAUCACAAGAAUCAUGAAAGCAGUUUGGUCAAGAACAGUGGAUUCGAGGAUUACGAAGAUGAUGAAGAUGACGACGACGAUGAUGUUGCAAGUGACUCAAGUUCAGAUUUGUUUGAGCUGGAUUUAGUUGGGAAUAAUCAUCAUCAUCAUAAUAAUGUGUACGGAGAUGAACUUCCUGUUUAUGAAACCACUUUUGCUGGUUUGAUCUCGUGAAACUCUUUUUUUUCUUUUUUCUUUUUUUGUUACUUUACUUUAGAUUUUCGUUUUUUUUUUAAUUCCAUGUGAUUGUUGGAAAAAAAAAUUCACAUGUGAUUCUCCACAUUUGUGUUUGAGCUUGUAACUAUGGUGUGUUAUAAAUUUAGUGUUUGUAAAAAAUUGA